AACACAAAUCUGAUGUAAACAAACGGUGUUGUAACUCAGCUGGGCUCUAGUGUGCUGCGGACCGAAACACGCAAAUUACGCUCCCUCAAGAUUCACGCACUGGAAAACGGCGUUCGGUAGGCGGAAAACCAUGGCCACCCUUUUACCGAAGCCCGUCGAUCCGGAGGAGGCGGCGGCCAAGCAGAACAGCGCCACCAAAACGGAGGGCAUAUUUUUCCCCGGCUCCGAUCUGGACGAGGUGGCCAAACAUUUCAUCGGUAACACUCACCGCUAUCGGGAAAACAUCAUCAUACCGAAAAUGUACGGCGUGGUGCAGAUAAAAACCAACGAGGAAAAGCUGGUGGAAGCCGCCUUCGAGAGCUGUGCGUUCAAAUCGUUCAUGAGCUGCGUGCUCGGGUACGGGUUGGGCGCGGCCAUCGGGCUGUUCAGCUCGUCCGUCAAUCCGAGCAUUGCCGAUCCGAUGGCGGGCGAUAAGCAGCAGACGGCGAGGGAAAUUUUCCGCGAAAUGCGGGCAGCGACGCACUCGUACGGCAAAAACUUUGCCGUCAUCGGGGCCGUGUUUGCGGCGGUUGAGUGCGCCAUCGAGUCGAAACGUGGCGUUUCCGACUGGAAGAAUGGUACCUACGCCGGAGCGGUGACGGGAGGAUUGAUUGGCCUAAGAGCGGGAGUCAAGGCUGGAAUUAUUGGAGCAGCGGGUUUUGCUGCGUUCUCCACGGUCAUAGAUUACUACAUGCGACACAGAUAAAUGCAUACCAAGCAGUGCAAAAAGCAAAUAUUUUUAAAAUGUUGUAGACUUUCAGGCAUAAUAGGCAUUACGGAAAACCGAAUAAAAUAGAUCCCUAUCACUAGCCCGAAUCCA